UUUAACAGCUCUCCUGUAGCUGACCCUGGUGUAUUGGAGGUGACCUUCAAUGUUGUGGAAAUCUCUAGUGGAAGUGGUCGUGUGUUUGACCGAAUUGGUGUGUGUACAGGAAUGCUUGACCGACUGACCAGACCUAUACAGAAGUCCUAUGGUGACCAUUGUGUAUCAUCACCAGAGGAGGACAUUUCUGAUCAAGUUGCCAGUUUACAGUUAUCACCGAUGAAGCUUCCUAUAUUUGCACGGACAAGUCAACACUUCCACAUGCCUGAUGACCUGACAGUGCCGCUGAUCUUAGUAGGACCUGGGACGGGUGUGGCUCCGUUCAUUGGCUUCUUGCGCCACAGGGAGGCCCUCCAUGCCAAGAUGGCUGAUCCUGCUUUGUACGGAGAUACCUGGCUCUUCUUUGGCUGUCGUCAUAGAGACAAAGAUUUCUUGUACAGAAGAGAGUUGGCUAGAUUUGAGGAGACUGGAAUCUUGUCAAGGAUGUGUGUGUGUUUUUCACGUGAUGAACAAGACUCUGAUAAACCGCGGUAUGUCCAGGACAAUAUCUGUAGACAUGCUGCAGAGUUAGUUCCCCUGAUCGACAAAGGGGCCAAAAUAUUUGUGUGUGGGGAUGCUAAACACAUGGCAAAGGAUGUAAAUGAGGCUGUGAUAAAGUCAAUACAGGAGGUUAAAGGUUAGUAGAGUUUAUACUACUGUUUUUACAGUCAAACAUUCUGCAAGUACCAGUUAUUU